AUGACGGAUGCAGACUUUGCGGAGACGCUGCGCGGAGUUCAGCAGAAGUUCUCGGAGAUCCUCCACCGGGCUGAGUGGUUGCUGGACCCAAAGAGCCCUGAAGCACAGUCUGCUGUCGAGGGUGCUCGAUCCUUCGUGAAGCUCUUCUACGAUGCUGGGCAGGCGUUGAGACCCAAAAGCGCCCUUCCUCGCCUGGUGGUCGAAGGCUUUGAGAGUGAGCAGAUCUGGGAGGAGUUGGAGGUCCAGAACGUCCCACUCCGGCAAAGCUUGCGGAAGCGGAUUCCCAAGCUGGCUGCUGCUCCCAAGGGUGCCAUCGAUCUGGCUGUGCCUGACUCAAAGGAGAAGGCUCCCCAAGAAGCAGAACAGCAAGAAGCAGAGGAGGAGGCUCCUAUAGAGAAGCCGAAGGCUCGAAAGAAGGAGAGGCUUCCUGAAGGUGAGCCGCCGCUUUCGAAGGCGAGAUCUGGGUGA